AUGGCUUUAGGAGCAUUUAAGCCCUCAGCCAAGAUUGCUAUGGGCGAUUUGGUUCCAGAAUUAUCCAGACCAGAGGGCCAUAAUUUCGCCCCUCCGCGAAAGCUCUUUCCCGGCUGCGGCGGCGGCGGCAGCCCGGUGUCUGUGUACGCAGACCCUGUGGACUUGGAGCCCGCUGCGCUCCCAGCCCUCACCACCAUAGACCUGCAGGACCUCGCCGACUGCUCCUCGUUGCUCGGGCCCGACGUGCCGCCUAGCGGUAACCGCGCCGCACCGCAGAACCGUCCUCUUCACGCCGAACCGGACUUCGUGGAUCUGCAAGAUUUCAGAAACACGGUGGAUGAUCUCAUUGCAGGCAAGUCCGACGCCUCUCUGAUGUCACCCCCGCUGGCUGGCGGAGACUUCCCCUUCUCGCCCUGUGAUGUGUCACCGUUCGAAGCCUGCCUCUCCCCGCCACCGCUAGACCCAAGGACCGUGCGGUCCCCGCCGCUGUGCCCUCCAGAUGUGGCACCGCCGGAGCAGUACUGGAAAGAGGUGGCCUACCAGAACCAGAGGGCGUUGGGCGACGCGCUCGUUGAGAAUAACCAACUGCACGUGUCGCUGACCCAGAAGCAGGAGGAGAUCACCUCGCUCAAAGAGCAAAACGUGCAGUUGAAGGAACUAGCCAGUCGGGCCCGGCAUCUGGCCUCAGUACUGGAUAAGCUGAUGAUCACACAGUCCUGGGACUGCCAGACGGCAGCUGAACCCUUGCUGCUCAAAACCACGGCCAAAAGGAGCCUGGAAGAGGUCUUCAGCGUUGCUGGCCAGGAUUGCGGCGAGAUGGACUCCAUCCUGAAAGAGAUUUCGGAGCUCUGUGACGAAGCCCUGAAGAGCCACGACCCCAAGCGGCCGCGGCUGCAGCCAGAGCCCGCAAGCACGGACUACAGGCCCAGCAAUUUGCACGGUGCUUUCCGGGGGCUGCGGACAGAAUGCAGCCAAAGCGUGCUGAACCUGAGCCACAGUGAGCUGGAGGAGGGUGGGUCCUUUAGUACCCCCAUCAGCAGCCACAGUACCAUCCGCACCCUGGCUUUCCCCCAGGGCAACGCCUUCACCAUCCGGACAGUCAACGGAGGCUACAAAUUCCGCUGGGUCCCUAGUUGA